AUAUGAAUAUGUAAUGUCAUGUCAUUAUUUUAAUGUUCUAUAGAUCAUAGUUUCAAAUCUAAUGACAUAUAUAUGCGUAAAGUAUUUGGUACACACAAACAUAAUGUAUUAUGAUAUGUUAUCAUAUAAAUUAUUAUAAUAUGCUAUCAUACAUAAUAUUGUUAAGAAUGAUAUGAUUAGAAAAGGUAUUAUAUUAAUACAUAUAUAAUUGCUAGAAACUAUAUUUUUUUUAAUGAAACUAAUCAGUAAUUAUUUUAUUGAGCAUAGUAUAGAGAGUAAGUAUCUAGAAGGGCAUAAUAAAGGCAUCUUCCAGCCCCCGGUCGUUAUUGUUAGUCGGUCUGUGAACUGUUCAAUUACAUCACGUGUUGCUGGAAUGCAUAGAUUGUUUCAAUCAAUUGGCACUCGGUGGCUCUAGAACUUUCAUAAUGGAAGAAUUAUGUUACCAAGCUACUCCCAAACAAGAAAACAAAUUUAAGUGGAUAAAACCAGUAGGAACAGAUACGGGUAUUAAACUAUACAACCCAAUUACAAAGACUAAAGUUUCAUUAAUAUUAAGAAAAGAAGGCUUCUUAACAUGGUAUAUGUGUGGUCCAACAGUUUAUGACUCUGCUCAUAUUGGACAUGCAAUCACUUACAUCCGAUUCGACAUCAUAAGACAAAUUCUAUCACAAUAUUUUAAUAUUCAUACAUUAGUGAUAAUGGGUGUAACAGAUAUUGAUGAUAAAAUAAUAAAGCGAGCUGUGGAAGAAGGAAAAGAUUUUAAAGAAUUAUCCAAAUUCUAUGAAAAUGAAUUUUUUAAUGAUCUGGAAAUGUUAAAUAUCACAAUGCCGCAUUUCACUUAUAGAGUUACGGAAUAUAUGCCACAAAUAAUACAAUUUAUUGCUAAUAUUUUAGUCAAAAAUAAAGCUUAUGUUGCAAAAGAUGGAUCUGUAUAUUUUGAUACCAAAUCAUAUAAUAAAUAUGGAAAACUUGUAGUUCCAUUUAUGGAUACUAUUUACACAGAUAAGAAAUCAUCGUUAGAUUUUGUUUUAUGGAAAGCAACAAAAGAUAAAGAACCAUAUUGGGAAUCUCCAUGGGGUUGUGGAAGACCAGGAUGGCACAUAGAAUGUAGUGCUAUGGCAAGUGCAGUAUUUGGAAAAACAAUAGAUAUUCAUAGCGGUGGAAUUGAUUUGAUGUUUCCACAUCAUGAAAAUGAAGAGGCACAAUCCUGUUGCUAUCAUAAUACAGAUCAAUGGGUAAAUUAUUGGUUACACUGUGGACAUUUAUGUUUAAAAGAUAACAUUAAAAUGUCAAAAAGCUUAAAAAAUACCAUAAGCAUAAAAAAGUUUCUUGAAAAGUACACAACCAAUGAUUUAAGAAUGUUGUGUUUACUUUCUCACUAUAGGAAUAAUAUUAUAUAUUCUGAUGAUGUGAUUAAUCAUGCUGUAAAUGUAAGAAAUAAAAUAGAAAAUUUUAUUAAUGAAUGUAAUAAUUAUUUGACUGGUAAAAUCAAUAGUGGUAAUAUAGAUGAAGCUUCUUUGAUUCAUAAUUUGCAUGAAACAAAAAGUAUAGUACAUAUGGCUCUAGCAAAUGAUUUCAAUACUGCACAAGCAAUACGAGCUAUUUUAAAUCUUAUUGACAUAGGUAAUAAAAUGUUUUCUCAAAAUAAUAGUACUCUUAAUGACAAAGGUAUAACUGCAGUUGCUGCAGUUUCCGUAUACAUUUCAAAUAUACUUUCCAUCUUUGGCUUUAUAAAAUCUAAAUCCUUAGUAGAAAAUCGAAAAACCGAAGAUAUUAUCAAGUACUUUGUGGAAUUUAGAAGUGUGGUUAGAAAUAGAGUAUUAGAGCAAAAACAAAAUGACGAACUUUUAUUACUUGCAUGUGAUACAGCAAGAAAGAAUUUAUCUACUUGUGGAAUUACUGUGAAGGAUCGUAAAAGUGUGUCUACAUGGGACUACCACAAAUUAACUUAAAAUAAACACAAUUAUAUA